AGUGAAAAUAAUAAACUAAUUUUUAAAUUACCUAUUUAGAUAUUUAUAAAAAAAAAAGUGUCCUUGUUAGUCGGUAUUUUUUUAUCUAAUUCAAAAAUAAUCCACUUGAAACUUUGUAUAUAUAAAAGAAAUCUGAUGAAAAUGAUAUUUAGUUAUCCAAUUGAAAAUCACUGAAGAAAAAUGCUGUACGAAAUCCUGCUAGCCUUGUUGGUUGCUGUCGUAUUUGCUAACCAUCAAAAAGCCCCCGGUACCAGUACCAGGCCAGUAUUAACUGAUGCUGAAGCUUCACAUUACACCAAAAAAGCUUAUUUACAAGGAUGGACUCCUGGUAAAAUAUCAACUAACAAAGCCGACUACACUGUGGGCAAAGGUGGUUUCGGUACCAUUCAGGCAGCUGUAAAUGCUGCCAUAAAGGCAGGAGGUACCAAAAGAAAGUACAUAAGAAUCCUGCCAGGUACCUAUAAACAAGCAGUUUUGAUACCGCAAACUUCUGUGCCGAUAACUAUUUACGGUACCCCUGGUAAACCAGCUGAUGUGCAUAUUGUUUUAACGCAAGGGGCUAGUUUGAGUGGUUCCAAAUACGCUCAACAAGUGAACCCGCACGGUGCUUUCUAUAAAGAGGGAGAUCCGGCUUGGAAAAUGUACCAUUAUUGCGCUAGCAGAGCUACAAUUGGAACCAGUUGUUCCGGUGUCGUUUCAGCCGAAAACGACAAUUUCGAAAUCGCUUACGUCAAAAUCGAAAAUCUCUGUAAGGAUAGCCAAGCUGUAGCUGCCAAUGCCCAUGGAGAUAAACAAAACUGGGACCACGUCCACUUCUACGGAUAUCAAGACACUUUAUUCACAAGUGGUAAAAGAAUGUACUUCAACAAGCCUAUUAUUACUGGAGAUGUUGAUUUUAUCUUCGGACAGGCUUCGGCAGUAUUUGAAGAAGCUCAAAUAAUCGCCAGAGGCGACAGGCCUAGAGACUCGGCUGUAAUUUUUGCUCCGAACACGCCAAACAGCCAAAAAUACGGUUACCUGGUUCUGAAAAGCAAAAUUACCGCCGACAACAACAUCAAGGCUAAGAAGGGCUGUCAUUUGGCUAGAGCUUGGGAUGCUAGUGGAACGGUGAAUCCUAAUGGCCAACUUGUUAUAAGAGAAACUGAAAUUGUGGAUGUUGUCAAUGUGAACGCUCCAUGGGAUACAGCCACAAGUGGCAGGAAGUUUGCAGGAAAUACAGCCGCCAAUAGAAAUUUGGACGAUAUUCACUUUAACAGGUUCUGGGAGUAUAAAAACACUGGAGCUGGUGCCUAAAACAACCGUUGAACCUUGUAUAAUUUCUCGCCUUUACAUCUACUUCCAAUAAAACACUUUUUUUUUGAAGUUUUUGGAUUUAUUAUUACAACUCGAACUUUGCCAGUGAAAAAUCAAUAAUGCC